CCGAAAGCUUCGUAGUUCCCACGUUCAAAUAUGUGUACUUAUAUGAAAGAGGAAGAAAGAUUGAUAGAUAGAAAGUGAGAGGAGGCGGUUACUUUUGGAAGUUGAGAGCAUUAUUCUUCUCUUUAUCAACUUCCAUUGGUAUGGUAGAUCGUUACUGUUUUGAUUUGAAAUUUUUUUGAGAUCGUGGAGGGAAGGGGUAGAAAGAGAGAAUUUUACUAUUUCUUUUGGCAAUUUUUUAUGUAUUCCAGCCAUAUUUGUUUUACUUUACUUUGAUUUUAUUUACUUUAUUCAACCCGCAAAGCAAUUUACAAAUUUUCAAGUUCACACUUCACAAUUCAGUUUCAAAAAUGUUGAUUUUUUAGCAUGCUUUUUCAAAGGAAAACGAGCUCAGCUUCACAUGAACUUACUAACUAACGUACACCUGUAAUCCAUAAAUACUUUCUGUGUUUUGUGCACUUGUCGCUCAUUAUUAUUAUUAUUAUUUUAUUUUUAUUUUUAUUUUUAUUUUUUGCCGUUGAAUCGCAGUGAUGUUAUGCCGCAAUCAAAUCUAGCAGUUUCACGAUAAUUUUGAUUCACUGAUCAAUGUUUUGAGCAGUUUCACGACGGUUACGUAUUAGAUUUCAUUUUAUUUUUACUCCACGGAUGAGAAAUUGAAGGAAGCUUCAGUACUGACCCUUCGACAAGAACCUUAGUCUGAAAUAUCAAUUCACCAACGUUCAACGAAAACGAUACCGGAAGGAUUAUUGGGGUCACCAUUAGGCAAGCUGUCUGUUACGAAUUUCUGGCUCCAUCGAAAGAGAAUUUUAGGUUUCUGUUGAAAGAAAAGGCUUAAGAUUAUUAAUGCUGUUAUGACUUGUUGCGGGAGGUAGAUUUUCUAUUGCAAACUCAACAACCCUGUCUUUCAACAGCAUAACUUUCUUGUCCUUUUUCUGCUAGAAAUGGACCAUUGAGAAGUUCUGUAUUAGUUACACUUCUGUUUAGUGUUUUCGUGGACCUUUAAUUUUAGUCAUUUUACGUUUGUUGUGAUUGGAGUUGUUUUUGAGGGCUAAUAGGAGUAGGUAUUGAGAAAUGGGGGCUUUUGGUGGAGAAGAAUUGAUGAAUUGGGAGAAGAUGCAAGUUGGGGGCAAUGGAAAGGAAGAAAAUAUUCUGGUGUUGGUGCGUUUGAGGCCUUUGGGUGAGAAGGAAAUUGCACAGGAUGAAGUUACGGAUUGGGAAUGCAUUAAUUCAACCACUAUUUUGUACCGGAACAGCCUCCAGGAGAGGUCUGGACUUCCCACGUCUUACUCGUUUGAUCGAGUAUUUAGGGGUGACUGCAGCACGAGGGAAGUUUAUGAGGAAGGAGCAAAGGACAUUGCCCUGUCAGUUGUUGGUGGCAUCAACUCUACUAUUUUCGCAUAUGGCCAAACAAGCAGUGGAAAGACAUAUACUAUGAAUGGGAUUACUGAGUAUGCUGUGGCUGACAUUUAUGAUUACAUACAAAGGCAUGAGGAACGAGCAUUUGUGUUGAAGUUUUCUGCUAUGGAAAUUUACAAUGAAGUUGUUAAAGACCUCCUCAGCGGUGACAAUAAUCCACUCAGACUGCUUGAUGAACCUGAGCGAGGAACUAUUAUAGAGAAACUGACAGAAGAAACCCUGAGGGAUUGGAGUCAUCUCAAGGAACUUUUAUCCAUCUGCGAAGCACAAAGACAAAUUGGGGAAACGUCCUUGAAUGAAACAAGCUCCAGAUCUCAUCAAAUUCUUAGAUUGACGAUUGAAAGUUCAGCUCGCGAGUUCUUAGGGAAAGACAACUCAGCCACCCUUUCUGCUAGUGUGAAUUUUGUUGAUCUGGCCGGAAGUGAGCGCGCAUCUCAAUCAUUAUCAGUAGGGCAGAGGCUGAAAGAAGGCUGCCACAUCAAUCGUAGUUUACUAACUUUAGGAACUGUGAUUCGCAAGCUAAGCAAAGGAAGACAUGGACAUGUCAAUUACAGGGAUUCUAAGCUAACACGGAUUUUGCAACCUGCCUUGGGAGGCAAUGGGCGAACUACCAUAAUUUGCACUUUGAGCCCUGCAAGAUGCCAUGUUGAACAAUCAAGAAAUACCCUUUUAUUUGCUAGCUGUGCAAAGGAAGUAACUACAAAUGCACAGGUCAACGUAGUAAUGUCUGAUAAGGCCUUGGUGAAACAUCUGCAGAAAGAGGUAGCCAGGUUGGAGAGUGAGUUGCGAACUCCUGGACUGACCUGUGAUCAUGCAGCACUGCUUAGAAAGAAGGAUCUGCAGAUUGAAAAGUUGGAGAAAGAGAUUAAGGAGCUGACUAGGCAGCGAGAUCUCGCUAGAUCUCGUGUUCAGGAAUUGUUGCAAGAGGAUGCCCUUGGAUGUCCUCCUAAAUUGCAAGGAGAGAACACAUGCGAAGAUGUAUAUCCAGCUACAAGGUCAUUGCGUUUAACCAAUCAUCAUGAUAGAAAGGUAAGUUCUAGGAAGCUUAAUAAAAUUCAGUCUCAUAAUAAGGACAUCAAAAGUGAUGCAAGGUCGGACCAACUGCGGUCAGAAGACAGUGAGGAUCAUUCUUCAUCUUAUGCUAUGACUGAUCUCAGUCAAGGAGAACUCAGUCAAGGAAGAGAUAAUCUCCCAGUUGGAGCCAAUGAAAAUUCUGGUGAAGUUUGUAAAGAAGUUCGAUGUAUUGAGAUGGACAAAGAUUUGUCAAACAGUGAGAAUGAUGGAAGUAAGUCAGCACUGAUGGAGUUUGGUAGUAGAUGUGCUGCCAAUCCGGUGCUAUCACUAGAUCCUGACGUUGAGAAUGGUUACAUUCAUGGGAAGUUGGAGCAUAAAAUGCAAGAUGAGCAAAAUACCAUGGUGUCUCUAGCCAGCACUUGUGAGGAUCGAUUGUCCCCAUCAAUCAAUAUAUUGGAUUCUGGAAACCUGAAAUUGACAAGUAACGGGAGUUAUAAACCUAAUUUAGUGACUGGCUCUCCUGACUUUGAGAUGGCAGAAGAAAUUGAAACAACCCCACCACCCAUCGGGAUGGGAAAAAGCUUCCCGGGAAGACCAGAAGGCUUCCAAAGGAAGAACUGGAUGCUUCCCCCAUCGAUAUAUGGUGCAAAUGGUAUGAGAUUGUCCAGAAGCAAUUCACAGUCUUCCUAUGGUAGCAGUUUUCCCGAUGAAGUAAAAGCCGAGGACAACUUCCAUGGAGAUGAAGAUAUUCCUACCCUUGGUUCCUUUGCAGCAGGACUCAGGGAGAUGGUUAGGCUUCAGAAUGUAAACAAGCUCGAUGAUCAGGUUCAACAGCCCGAAAUAAGAGCUCAAAGUAGUGUCGAAGAUGAAUUGGAUGCAAGGCAUGAUUCUUCAGGAGCUCCUUCAAAUUGGCUUCUGAAGUUUGAGAGGCUGCGGGGAUCGAUAAUUGAAUUAUGGCAGGCUUGCAAUGUUUCAUUGGUUCAUAGGACAUACUUCUUCCUCCUCUUUAAAGGCGACUUGGCAGAUUCCAUUUACAUGGAGGUAGAACACAGGAGAUUAUUAUUCCUCAAGGAGACAUUUUCUGAGGGAAAUCUAACUGUACAAGAUGGCCACGCACUCACAUUGGCAUCAAGUGACAGCAUGAAAACUCUUCGGCGUGAGAGGGAGAUGCUAAGCAAGCUCAUCUAUAAGAGAUAUACCGAAGAUGAAAGGAACAAAAUUUACGAGAGAUGGGGUAUAAAAUUGAACUCAAAACGGAGGAGGUUGCAGCUGGUCCAUCAUCUUUGGAUUGACACUAAAGAUAUGAAUCACGUCUCAGAUAGUGCAGCCAUUGUUGCAAAGCUGAUUGGGUUCUCAGAGCAAGGGGAAGCCCUCAAGGAGAUGUUUGGUCUCAGCUUCACUCCUCCACGCAUGAGUCGGAGAUCCAUUAGCUGGAAAAACAGUAUGACAUCCCUUCUGUGAGCUUGCAGCUAGUUGACAAAAUUAUUAGUGCAAGUUUUUGUGAAAUAUUAUAUUGUAUUGGAGAGUAUAAUAUACAAUAAAAAAACUUUUCUUUUAAUA